AUGGUGGGGGUCACUAGGGCUAGACGUGGUGUUGGCAAGCCACUGUGGACAGGGCAGACCAACGAGAGGCAAGGGCGAGUUCGUAGGCAUCGCCACCGCCGGUCUGAUGGCUUCCCCGGCACCGCCGCCGCCGCCGCCGCCACUGCCGCCGCUACCUCCAUUAAUGGUGCCGCCGCGCCGCCGCCUUCUCCACCUGCACUAGUGGCGCAACCACCUCCAGUACCGGCGCCGCCGCAGCAUCUGCCUCCUCCACUGGCACCUCCACCGGCCCAGAUCUCGUCCAGAAAACGAAAGAUUAAAGAGGAAAAGGUGCCCUCAUCAACAGCUAAGCAGAAGGUCUCUGAUGUGAAGCAGGCAAAUGCACCGGUGAUGUUGAUUAGUUCUAGAGAGAGCAGUAACAGCAGCAAGGACCCUGCUGUGAAGCAAGCAACUAUGGAUUAA